CUCCUACCUGCCUGGCUCCUGGAGUGAAUCGGAGACAUCCAAGCAUGCCUGGGACUCAACUCUGCCCAGUUCCUUCUUAGCUUCUGGGAGGACUCCAUCUCCCAUCUGCCUGCCUCCUGCAGGUGCUGGGCCAGUCAAGAACAAAAAGUCAGCAAUGACAAUGUUAGGGGCCCCCAUUUCACAUGACCUGUGGAGGAAAUGACCAGAAAUUAAAGCAUAUAAAAAGAAGCUGAGAGGCUGAAGGCAAAAUUAGAAGACUGGCAGAGAACAGAAACAUGUGUUCCAAAGAGCCAAAAAUUGUCAAGAUCAAAAAAGUAACUGGAAUUUCCACCACCUAUUAAUCGCUUCUCAAAGGAUACUCAAGGAUAUUUGGGCACCAUGACAGUCACCCUGGUCUGCGACCCCUCAGAAGCAGUGGAGCUGUGUGCCUCUCAGCAGCUUUACCUGAAGCCCGUUGCGAAACUGACAAUCAGCGUGGUGCUUCCGGAACACACUGGAGCUACCCGGGCCUUCUCCAAGUGGGAGGUGAUGGACAAGCUGAAGAACAUGAUCUGCCCAGACCAGUUCACCAGCGUGAAGGUGUCGAAGAGCACCAAGGGCUUCAUCCGAUUCGAAGGAGAGGCGGAAAGCAAGCGAUUGGUCACCAGCCUGAAGGAGAAGCUCCAUGGCAAGCUGAUCAAGCUGAACGGCUUCAAGGAAGACUUGCAGGUGGUCGCUACGGAAGCCCCUCCGGAUGGCCCACCUUCUCAGGAAUCAGAGCCCAACGUGAAGAGCCAGAAACCGGAGGAGGAGAAGGAGAAGGAGGAGGAGGAGCAGAGCCAGGUGCUCCUGGACUGCCUCCAUCUGGAAGGCCUGCCGUGCAAGUGGUUUGCCCUGAAAGGCUCGGAGAGCGAGACCCCCAACGAGGACAUCUUGAGGACAGUCUUUGGAACGUUCGGGAAGAUCAAGAACGUGGACAUCCCCAUGCUGGAUCCCUACCGGGAGGAAACAGUGGGAAGAAGCAGGAACAAUUUAAUUUUCCGGGGCCUGCGGUCCUUUGAAGCCUUUGUCCAAUAUCAAGAGUCCAAGUCGUUUGCCAGGGCCGUGGAGACACUCAAGGGCAUGAAGCUGAUGUUCAAGGGGGAAGACGGCAAGGCUCUGGCGUGUAACAUCAAGGUGACCUCUGACACCACUAGUCAUUUCAGUGAGAACGCUAUAAAGCAGAGAACGCUAGAGAGAUUAACUCUGCAAGGUCUAGAACGAGAGAGAAAGAGAGAGGAGAACAGAGGGAGAAAAGGGACUGAAAGAAAAAGACGAGAUGACGACGAGAAAAAAGGCGGAGAAGGAAGGAGGAGGGCUAAGAUCAAGAGACGGGGAAAAAGGCGGAUGGACCGAGAGGAGAAACACCCCAGAAAGCAUCUGAAAGUGACAGCUGCAGAAGAAGUGAACGCCGCAGACCUGCCUGAAUGGGAGGAGAGAAAAUAUCUCCUAGCUCAGAGAAGGGUGGAAUCAAUCAGACUCCUCACAGUGCUGCUAAGCCAAAUAAAAAAUUUUGUCCUGUCCUCCGGGCAAAUGGAGGCCUGUCUGCUGGAGCCUCAACCUGAAGGAGAGAAGACUUCCUCCACCCUUCCCGUAGAGGAUGCGCACAAGGAGGAGACAGAUGUGCCUUGCCUUGAGCGUCAAGAAGUGGAGGAUGAGAGCCAGCCGGCCUGUCCCUCCGCCCUGCUCGAACAUGUCGCGAUCAAAAAAGAAAACGAAGAACAAUUCCUGGCUGAAGACUUGCCUCCAUCCCCUUCUCCCUUCGGGAGAGCUCUUUCCAACGGACCCGCUGCUAGGGCAGUCACCAGCCACUUAACGGAGAACAGCGCCAACCCCUUUCGUGCCACGGGCUUGCUGCAGGUGACAGUCACUCAGGACUGCCAAGCGAACGGGUCGCCCCCCUACAGGUGGGAUUACCUGAGACCCAACCUGGGGCCCUUCGCAGAUGCUCCUGAGGCAGCCAAGGCUAAAAAGCAAAAGGUUUACGAAACAGAGGAAUUCAUCCAUUAUUUACUGAACUACUACCAAACCCCCCGAUACGCACGCAUCUGUCCCAGCGCAAAAAGCCCGUCGGAUGCAUCUUGGUGGCACAGGGUGGUGUCCUGUUACGAAGACGGCUUCCGGGUCAAAUUGCAGAGCAGAGAUGAAGACUGUUGGACGGAAGAGAGCUUAGGGUCAGAUCUCCCUGAAUACGACCCUCAGGUGGCCGACAAUGAUGAAGAGGACCCCUGGGAAGUAACUGACGUAAGGUCUGAGCCUGCAGACCUCAUCACGCCGGAAGACCAGGCGUGUCCUCAAGAGUUCAGCAAAUGUUGCCAGGGAGAAUGGGAGGAUUCCCUGGAGGAGGAGGAAGAGGAGGAGGAGGAGAGCGAUGGCUCCCCACCGGACAGGUUGCGUAGCCCCCUCCCAGGAAGCAACAAUAUUGCUCACAAAAACACGUCCCAAGAAGAGACUCCUGAACCGGCCGUGAGGUCGUCAGCCAGCAUGUCUAAACUGAAAGACCUGCUGGAAGAGAUCAGCAGCGAUUCGGAAUAUUUUAGCGAGGCGCUUAACGAGCCCUGGAACCCAUCGGAGCAAAGAAACGGCAGCUACCCAGUCAGCUGCAAGACGCGGCCUCUCCACCAGCACAAGGCCAAAGAACUCUUGAUACGCAUCCAGAACGUUGGCGGGGAGGACCAAGAGGGGAACCGUGGUGGACGCAGCUUCUGCGAUUCCGGGCCGAGGGCGAAGACGAGCUUCAAGAGAUCCAGCAGCAAACUCUGGUGCAAAGAGCCGAAGAUCCAGUGGUCGUCUAGCGAAGAGGAGAGAGACCUCAGCAGCCAGAAGAAGAAGAAGAAGAAGAGGGAAAGGCUGUCCGAUAGCUCCUUCCUGGAUGAGGAAGCUCAGCUCCUCCAAACCAACCACUGCGGAGAGCUGGACGCCUUCCGCAAAAUCCAGAGGAAAUGUAGCAAGUUCAUCCAUCAUAAAAUGAAAUGUAAGACUCUCCGGGCUUUGGAAGGAGGGGUGGAGAUCAAAGACCUUGUCCACCUGAGCGCCUCUCAGCUACCCGAGGAAGCUCACCAGGUGACGGGUAAGGGGAACGUGGACGUGGGUGAGAGAAGGCACAAAGCAGAAGACCGGCAGAGACUUUCCAGGCGCCUGGUGGAAAGGUGAUAAAAGAGGGGCAGCUCAGGGGUGGCGUAGAAACGGUGGGAUGUGUAGAUAGAGGAAGGUGGUGGCAUCCAAAGAACUUGGUAGAUAAAGCGGUCAACUUUGAUAGCGCCUCUAGAAGGGGCUAGCAGCUCCCGCAACAAGAGUGUCCUCAACUCUUUUGAGUUCCUUGCCUUUCUCCCCUGCUUUGCAGGGUCCUCCCUUUUCAGAAAAAGCUGGAAAUGGUUUCUGGAGGAUGUCCUUUGCUUCCUGUUGAAAUAAUUCAGUUCAGCCUAUGCUUGGACUUUGGGGGAGGAUGCUACUUGGGUUGAUUUCCGAUGGAUGGGGGCGGGGGGACCUCGGAACCAUCCCAGUACAAGUUCAUAUGAGGUCAUUUUAUAUAACCCCUCUCAAGGGCUUCACUGUAGACCUUGAACUUUGAUAAUAUUGACUUCGGCUGGUUGGGGUAUGUAUGCGUGCGUGUGUGUGUAUGUUUGUGAUUUAGUUUUGGGGGAUGCUGGGUCUCUUCUGCAUGCUGGAAAAGAAAGAGCAGCAUGGUGAAACACUCUUAGCUUCAUAAAAACAGGUGGCAAAUGUCAAUUCCUGGAUCCGGUGUCUGUAUAGAGAGGGACCACUUUUCUGUACAAUUAGUGAAGUCAACAUGUGGUCACCCAGUAGCUCAAGAAAUCUUUCCAAGUCCUAAAAUUCAAAGGCCGAGGGUCUCUCUGUUAUUGUCAGAAAGGAAACGGGCAGGAGAGAGCAAACACCAUAUUUGCAGUAGGCAGAGAAGGAAGAUGUUUAUAAUUUAAUGACAGAAAAAAAAUAUGGGAUGAUAGAAAAAAAAACACAGCUUUAUCCAGGAUCGCACAGGGUAAAGAAUGUCUGAUCUCCACCAUUUCCUGCUCCCUUUUUGGAAAACUGGGUAAGCAACGGAUACCCAGUUUUUCAGCCUGCUGUUGUCUCACAUUAUUCGGCCGAAAACAAAGCCUUGCGUUGACUCCUUCAUUUUUUUUGAGGUGAGAAAGCUCUUAGUCCCAUGGAGUUAGAUUAUCUUCAGAAGUGGCAAGGUUCCACCUAAGUCUCCCUGCAUUGCUGAUCUAAAUAAUCCCCCGAAAUGGCCAUGAGAUCCUGGAUGGCAGAAGAAAUGCUGAUAGGAUGAAUGAACACCCUCUCCCCCCCCCCCAUGUACUGGACUAGAGCAGCAUCUUUGGAGGGAGGGGCUGAAAUUGGCAGAGCCUGGGAAAGCAUUACAUCUACCUAAUGUCUCCACCUUGCACCUUCCAUCCAUUCAAUCCCUUCCCACUCCCUCUCUGAGCACGUUUCUGUUUUGAAAAACACAUCAAGAGAUCAUCUUGCAAAUCUUCUUCAUUGCAUCCGCUUUAAUCCUGAUUUAACAUACUGUGCCCCAGAAAGUCGGGUUUACAAUUGAAAUAGGUAGAGCUGACCAUCACUUUUCAGCUCCAGGAAAUUACCUCUCGAGGACUCCAGUGUGGGCCUUCCCUUGCUUUGUUGGUCCGUUGUUGAUUUAGUGACUUUGCAGAACCACGGUGGGUAUCUGGGGUGUGUGUGUGUGUUUCUUUGGUGAAGUGGAAGCUCCCCCCACUCCCCAGACUCAACAUAGGCUUUUCACGGAGACCUUCUUUGCCCCUCAGUUGAACAAAAGUUGGUUUGUUGAUGUUUGGGAAUCCCAUUAGCAAAACAAAGCCUCCAGGGUGGUGUUAGUUGCUUGAAAUAAACACAGAACUGGUGAAAAAUGCCAGCUUAAAAGGACCCCUUUUAAAUUGCCGUCACCAAAUUUAGUGAUUUGGCAGUUCUGAGGGUGCCGGUGAAAUGGUCUCACCCUGGACUGGAAAAACCACAAUUUCUUAGAGAAGAAUUCUAUGCAGAGGGGAGAACAAGACAUUUUUGUUCCAGUUCCCGCUUCACAUGAACGUGAUUUAUUUAUUCCAUGUCAUGGUACUUCUACGUGAUAUGACUUAGCUAGCAUACCGUCCACGUUUUGUUAAACUUGGCUCCAAUAAAAGUAGUGACGAACCAAAGUACGCAGGAAUUUGUUCUGUGCUUAAGGCUGUUUGUGUGUCACGCUGGUCAAAGGUGCUGGUUUUCUUUCAGCUCUUUGAAAGUCCAACUUUACACUCUGAAGCUAUAAUCUUUCUUUGCUUUGGUGAGGGACAGGCAUGCAUUUCCUGAGCGGGUGAGUGAAUAGUAUUUUUCUCUAUAAACAACCUUUUGUACUUGCAUUGUUUCUUAACCCUCUGGAUCCAAUUGAAAAGUUAGCUGUGAAUAAAGUUGUUUUAUAGGAACAUCCUUCCGGGACUACGGUGAUGUUUGUUUUCAUUGCAGAUGCAAUUUCCAUUUCCCGUUUCGAGUCUUUCUCUUUUUCGUCUUUGCUUGGAACUGAUUUGCAGAUGUGCAUACUCCUUUUGAAUAAAAUCUUUGCGCUCGCUUUUAAAAAUGCUUGCUUCCUUCACUGGAAAAUCACCGAACAGUUUUGUAACCGUAAGCCUGAGACACCUGGGGAGAAUGCAGCUUUAUAACAUGCCUGUGAUCUCCAAAUUCUGGAAAAGGAGAUCAUGAUUUAUUGGACCAGGCAUCAUAACCAAAAGGCUAGGCCAAGGGUAGGCAACCAUGGCUCUUUUAUGACUCGUGGACUUCAGCUCCCAGAAUUCCUGAGCCAGCCAUGCUGAGGGGAAAGGGAGAGGUUUCCAUGCUAAGCCAUGCUGGCUCAAGAAUUCUGGGAGUUGAAGUCCACGAAUCAUAAAAGAGCCAAGGUUGCCUACCUCUGGGCUAGGCAGUCCAAGGAAUAAAAUGUGUAAUUUUUCACUUGAUAUUUUAGAUAAGCUGUUCCUUUCUUCCACCCCAAAAAGACAGGAGGAUCCACAAAAAUUCUUGGCGGACCACUUUUCCUCAACCUAGCCAUCCUUCAGUUUCCAGAAUUCUCCAGCCAACAUGACCAUCGUGGAGGAUUCUGGGAAUUAAGAUUUACCCAUUUUGUGGGGCUUCUAGGUUGGGGAAAGCUGGAAGAGCUUUUUGCAUUGGAGAAACACCAUCUGGUGGCUGGGAAUUCCGGGAGCUGGAAGUCCAGCUAGCCUGUCUUAUAUCGUAGCACCUUUAUUUUCAAGAAUGCCUCCGAACCUAUGAGAAAAUGGCCAGUAGCUUGAGUCCAGGUCUAUAUUUAGAAGUGUGCCCAACUGUUUACAAGCUAAAGUUAAGGUAAGAACAUCUUUUUAUGGGGAAUACAAAUGACAGCGAUCCAUGUGGCGGCUACUCCAUCAGGCUUGAAACACCACCAGGCCCAAAUAGAGUGCUUUAUGUUCUAAAAGGGCUUUGAAGAAGCUUGAAGACCUUGCUGUCUCCCUGGCAUCGCAUCGGAGCUGACUUGCGGUUCAAAUUGUGUGUGUGUAAACCAUUCAGAAUAUUGAAAACUGAAGCAGUACAGAAGGCCAAAGGAUAAAUGAAGUCUUCCCUGGUUCCAAUAAAGAAGAAUAUUUAUAGCUCAGGGUUGAAAUGAGAGGUCCUUGGUGCUCUCUGAGCUGGGUUGUUUUCUUGCAGGUGUUUCAUGGCCCAACUAGGUAACAUCAUCAAUGCUAGAAGAAAGUGAGGUGUGUGGAGAAGAGGAGAGAGAUGACUGUGGGGUCCUUGUGCUCUCUGAGCUUAGUUGUUUUCUUGCAGACAUUACCCAAAAUAGGUUAACAUCAGUGCUGAUGAUAUUACCAAGUCUGGGUAAUGAAACGUCUGCAAGAAAACAACCAAGCUUUGUUUUUCUGGGUCUCCCCCAAGUUUUCCCAUCUCUUUGUUUGCAAAAUUGGCCAGUGGUUUUCCUGCUGCCUUUCUUCCCUCACACAAUCUCUCCUCCUUGCUGCCAGUUAUCUUGAAAUGGAGAUUUUGGGGGUGUCACCUAUGUAAACACAUCGGAAUCCCCAAUCCUCUUAUCUAAUGCUCAGCUGGAGGCAGCUAAUAAACAAUGGCAUCUCCGGAGACUUAUCAGAUUUCCUGAGCAGGUUGUAAAGAGAUGAAAACAUUGGAUAGAGAGCACUUCACUUUUUUAAAAUCCUGGUUUGCACAGAGGUUAAAGAACAUGGCUUCGAACGUGGGAAAGUUCUGCAAGACAACGGAACUUUUAGCCUGUUUGUAUCCCUCGCUUUACUUCCAUAAUUGCAACGAUCUAAAAUGAGAUUUAAGGAGCAAAACCAAGCGAAUUUAAUUGCAUUAAAUGCAAAAAUCCAUCUGUUUGAACCUUUGACAAGUCAGUCCAGAGCCUGCUAAGCAAGCUUCUGAAUGAAAGGCAGGCUAUUAAUCUAAAAACCAAAGAAAUAAACAGCCUUUGAAGGCUACAUGUGCCCCUGAGCAGCGUGCUGUGGUGUGUCUUCCAUAAAUUUGAAAUGGGCAUCAGGUUCCUAAUCAGCUUCACAUCACCAGCAGUUCUAAGCAAUUCUGGAGGAGAGAUUCCAUCAUAAAACACCUUUCUUUCCUGGGUGAUUUUGGAGCGUUAAGUUCUGCCCUUCAUAUUAAGUCAAAGAAAAGUACAUUAGGAAGAAUUUUAUUUCCUCUCCUUUAAAAACAAAGCAAGCACAACCAUUCAGCAUCAAUUCUGCAAGAAUGGUGACUUUAGAAAGAAGCAGAAAAUCCUAAAAAAAAAUUAGAGGUAGGUCACAACAUUUCAGCCAGUUAAAUGUCUUUAGGGCAAUAAGCAAGAACAACAGGGAAAGAUCUUGUAAGGAUGUUGUACAUUUGGGGAAAUGGGGAUAGGCAACCAACCAACCAACCAAAAAAUCUUAAAUUCCGUACUUUUGCAUUUACAAAGGUAGAAUUUCAAAGUUAACAAUAUUUAUUGCUUGCUGUGGAAAUGUUUUUUUUUUUUUUUUACAAGGA